UUCGUCAUCUGACUGGCUGCAGCUGCCGGAAAUCUCGCGCCUCUAAGAAGAGUGUCUGUGGGGAGGGGGGGAAAGAUGGCGACAGAAAGGGAGCCCCCUCCUUUUGGAGACGGCAAGGCGACGGAGUUCGAGGAGCUGGAGGACGGGGAGGACCUUUUUAUCAGCACCGUGUCUACCCUCGAGUCAAGCCCUUCAUCUCCAGAACCAGCCAGUCUUCCAGCAGAAGACAUCAGUACAAAUGCAAAUGGUCCUAAGACUACAGAAAUCUUAUUAGAUGAUGACAGGGAAGAUCUUUUUGCUGAAGCAACAGAAGAAGUUUCUUUGGAUAGUCCAGAAAGGGAACCAAUACUUUCUUCAGAAUCUACUCCAGCUAUAACCCCUGUUACCCCAACAACACUAAUAGCACCAAGAAUGGAAACAAAAACAGUAGUGGCCCCUGUGGAUUUUGACAGAUGCAGAGAAGAGAUUGAAGAAGAAACAAACGGGGAUGCAUUUGAUAUUGAAAUUAAUGUAUCAGAUCCAGAAAAAGUUGGGGAUGGCAUGAAUGCUUACAUGGCAUACAGAGUCACUACAAAGACUUCCCUAACUAUGUUUCACAAAAAUGAAUUCUCUGUUAAAAGAAGAUUCAGUGAUUUUCUUGGUUUGUAUGGCAAGUUAGCAUCAAAAUAUCUUCAUGUUGGUUACAUUGUACCACCAGCUCCAGAAAAGAGUAUUGUAGGCAUGACGAAGGUAAAAGUAGGCAAAGAAGAUUCCUCCUCUACAGAAUUUGUAGAAAAAAGAAGAGCAGCAUUAGAAAGGUACCUACAGCGAACAGUAAAACAUCCAACCUUAUUACAAGAUCCUGAUUUAAGACAGUUCUUGGAAUGUUCUGAGCUGCCGAGAGCAGUUAACACCCAAGCUCUGAGUGGAGCAGGAAUAUUGAGGAUGGUAAACAAGGCUGCCGACGCUGUCAACAAAAUGACGAUCAAGAUGAAUGAAUCGGAUGCAUGGUUUGAGGAAAAGCAACAACAAUUUGAGAAUCUCGAUCAGCAACUUCGGAAACUUCAUGGUAGUGUAGAAGCCUUGGUCUGUCACAGAAAAGAACUGUCAAUCAAUACAGCUGCCUUUGCUAAAAGUGCUGCCAUGUUAGGUAACUCAGAAGACCAUACUGCUUUAUCAAGAGCUUUGUCUCAGCUUGCUGAAGUUGAAGAAAAAAUAGACCAGUUGCAUCAAGAACAAGCUUUUGCUGAUUUCUAUGUAUUCUCUGAGCUACUCAGUGAUUAUAUUCGUCUUAUUGGUGGUGUAAAAGGUGUAUUUGAUCAUCGAAUGAAAUGUUGGCAGAAAUGGCAAGAUGCUCAGGUCAUGUUACAGAAAAAACGAGAGGCUGAAGCUAAACUUCAGCUUGCCAACAAACCUGACAAAUUACAGCAAGCUAAAGAUGAAAUCAGAGAGGAAAUUGAAGAGUGGGAAACAAAAGUUCAACAAGGAGAGAGGGAUUUUGAGCAAAUCUCCAAAACAAUACGCAAAGAAGUAGGAAGAUUCGAGAAAGAACGUGUGAGAGACUUCAAAACCAUUAUAAUCAAAUACUUGGAAUCAUUAGUGCAAACACAACAGCAGCUGAUAAAAUACUGGGAAGCAUUCCUACCUGAAGCCAAAGCCAUUGCCUAGAAAGAAGACUUUCCAAUAUGAAGAUUCUUUGGAUGUUGUCCCAGUUGAAUUAAAUUCCAUAAUGAAAUCACUUUAAAAUCAUCCAAAUAAACCACUAUAUAUUUUAUGAAUUUAACAUGUGGCUUUUUAUAUACUAUAGCAUCUUAUUAACAGCUGCAUGUCCUGACCCUCUUUGGACUGUGGCAUGACAUUCUGCAAUACUUGCGAAUUGAACACUAUUGUGUCUUAAUACUUGCACUAAGAUGUGCAAUGCAAGGCCAGAACGUUAUUUUUGUUCUUUACUAUAAGUUCUGUCUACUUGAUCUUUAUGAAACAGAAUGCAUUUAUUAAUGUUCACAUACACAUUCCUGUAAAUAAUCAAGAUUUUGUGAUUACAGUAAUAAAGGGAUGUAUCUUGUGCAA